AUGCUUUGUCGAUGUUUUAGGUUGUGUUCCUGUCUACCACUAGUGUCUUACUCGAUACUCUUAUAUAUUAGUAACAAUUUUUUAUUGAUGGAUUUGAACCAUUCAUCCAUGCGUGCUUUUUCAAAAGCAUGGAGAAUGUUAUCUGUAUUGCAUAAAACGCUAAAAAGAAUUUGCAAGAAAAAUCAGUUUCUUAAUUCCAUAUAUAAAUGUUUUCCCGGCGAUGGAAUUGAUACUGAGAUUUCAUAUGAAAAUGAACAGAGAAUGCUCCCUGUUGGUACUUAUGAAUGA